AUGGCGGCGGAGCGGAGUCGCUCCCCGAUGGACUCGCCGGUCCCGGCCUCUAUGUUCGCCCCGGAGCCCAGCUCCCCGGGGGCGGCCAGGGCCGCGGCGGCGGCCGCCCGGCUCCACGACGGCUACGACUCGGACUGCAGCGAGGACGGCGAGGCGCUCAACGGCGAGCCGGAGCUGGACCUCACCAACAAGCUGGUUCUAGUGAGCCCUACAUCAGAGCAGUAUGACAGCCUACUUCGGCAGAUGUGGGAGAGGAUGGACGAGGGAUGCGGAGAGACCAUAUAUGUCAUUGGGCAGGGAGCAGAUGGGACUGAGUACGGGCUGAGUGAAGCCGACAUGGAGGCCUCCUACGCCACCGUGAAAAGCAUGGCCGAACAGACAGGGGCCGACGUCAUCCUCCUGCGGGAGCGGCAGGAAGCGGGGGGCCGCGUGCGGGACUACCUGGUCCGGAAGCGAGUAGGAGACAAUGACUUCCUGGAGGUCAGGGUAGCCGUGGUGGGCAAUGUGGAUGCUGGCAAAAGCACGCUUCUGGGGGUCCUGACACACGGGGAGCUGGACAAUGGCCGAGGCUUUGCCCGCCAGAAACUCUUCCGCCACAAACACGAGAUCGAAUCCGGCCGCACCAGCAGUGUGGGCAAUGACAUCCUGGGCUUCGACAGCGAAGGCAACGUGGUGAACAAGCCCGACAGCCACGGCGGCAGCCUGGAGUGGACGAAGAUUUGUGAGAAAUCCACCAAGGUGAUCACCUUCAUUGACUUGGCCGGCCACGAGAAAUACCUGAAGACCACGGUGUUCGGCAUGACGGGCCACUUGCCCGACUUCUGCAUGCUCAUGGUGGGCAGCAAUGCUGGCAUCGUGGGGAUGACCAAGGAGCACCUGGGCUUGGCAUUGGCACUCAAUGUGCCUGUGUUUGUGGUGGUCACCAAGAUUGAUAUGUGUCCUGCCAACAUCUUGCAAGAAACCCUGAAGCUGCUACAGCGCCUGCUGAAGUCGCCAGGCUGCCGGAAGAUCCCCGUGCUGGUGCAGAGCAAGGAUGAUGUGAUCGUCACCGCCUCCAACUUCAGCUCUGAGAGGAUGUGCCCAAUAUUCCAGAUCUCCAACGUUACGGGCGAGAACCUAGAUCUGCUGAAGAUGUUCCUCAACCUCCUCUCCCCCCGCACCAGCUACCGGGAGGAGGAGCCGGCCGAGUUCCAGAUCGAUGACACGUACUCUGUGCCGGGUGUGGGGACAGUGGUGUCAGGGACAACACUCAGGGGCCUGAUCAAGCUGAAUGACACGCUGCUGCUGGGCCCAGAUCCUCUGGGUAACUUCCUGUCCAUCGCUGUGAAAUCGAUCCAUCGCAAGCGCAUGCCCGUCAAGGAGGUGCGCGGGGGCCAGACGGCCUCCUUCGCGCUGAAGAAGAUUAAGCGCUCAUCCAUCCGGAAGGGCAUGGUGAUGGUUUCCCCGCGUUUGAAUCCCCAAGCAUCCUGGGAGUUUGAGGCCGAGAUCCUCGUCCUCCACCACCCCACCACCAUCAGCCCGCGCUACCAGGCCAUGGUGCACUGUGGGAGCAUCAGGCAGACGGCCACCAUUCUGAGCAUGGACAAGGACUGCCUGCGCACUGGGGACAAGGCCACGGUGCACUUCCGCUUUAUCAAGACCCCCGAGUACCUGCACAUAGACCAGCGGCUGGUGUUCCGGGAAGGCCGCACCAAGGCUGUGGGCACCAUCACCAAGCUCCUGCAGACCACCAACAACUCCCCGAUGAACUCCAAGCCUCAGCAGAUUAAGAUGCAGUCAACGAAAAAAGGCCCCCUGACCAAACGAGAAGACGGGGCCCCCCCCGGAGGGCCGUCCGCAGGGGUGCCUCCCCCGGGAGACGAAGCGGGCUCACUGGGGGCCGCGCAGUCCGCCGCGUCCAGCAGUCUCCAGCCAACGCUCAAGCCCAGCAGUGGGGGCCGGCGGCGCGGGGGCCAGCGUCACAAGGUGAAGACCCAGGGGGCCUGCAUGACUCCUGCCAGUGGCUGCUGA